CGUUAUUUCUCCAACAAGCGUUAAAUGUGAUAAACAUGUUUGGAGCUGCAGCUCCGGACUGGAUUUUAAUCACUAGCUGAUAUAAGCAGGACAAAUAACAAGGUUCUGCCAUGGCAGCAGGUGUCAGUCUGUUAAGUGACCUGCCCUACUCUAACACCAGCAGCAGCAGCAGCAGCAACAGCAGCGCAGGGAACGGUGGAGAUAUAAACACUGACAUGGAGCGAGACAGUGUUAGAGUCCCCACUGCAAAGUAUACGAAGAUGGGAGAGACAUUGAGGCAUGUUAUCCCAGGACACAUGCAGUGCUCCAUGGCAUGUGGAGGACGUGCCUGCAAAUAUGAAAACCCAUCUCGCUGGAGCGAUGAGGAACAAGCCAUCAAGGGCCUGUACUCCUCAUGGAUCACAGACAACUUAUUAGCUAUGGCAAGGCCUUCAACUGAGAUUAUUGAGAAAUACGACAUCAUCAACCAGUUUCUAAGGUACAGCCUAAAGACUGUAAUUAACCUGCAGCGCCCUGGAGAGCAUGCCAGCUGUGGUUAUCCACUGGAGCCGGCGAGCGGAUUCACCUACCGCCCCGAGGUGUUCAUGGAGGCAGGCAUCUAUUUUUACAACUUCGGCUGGAAGGACUAUGGGGUAGCAUCUCUUACUACAAUCCUCGACAUGGUGAAGGUGAUGUCUUUUGCCAUGCAGGAGGGCAAAAUGGCAAUCCACUGUCAUGCCGGGCUUGGAAGAACAGGUGUCCUGCUGGCCUGCUACUUGGUGUUCACGUCAAGGAUGAGCGCAGAUCAGGCCAUUUUGUUUGUCCGGGCCAAACGGCCUAACUCCAUCCAGACCCGUGGGCAGCUGCUGUGCGUGCGGGAGUUCGCCCGGUUCCUAGUGCCCCUGCGGAGCGUCUUCUCGAGUGUCGAGCCCAAGACCCACACAGUGACACUCUCACAGUUCCUGACGCGGCAGCGCCACCUGCUGCAUGGCUAUGAGGCGCGCCAGAUGAAGAAUGUGCCAAAGAUCGUCCACCUGGUCUGCCGGCUCUUGCUGGACAUUGCAGAAAACAGGCAGACAGUGGAGGAAGAAGCACCAGAAAUUCCAGACCUGACGGCUGAAGUUGAGAAGACCGUAUCUCAGCAGGCUUUGCAACAGCUAGGAAAGGAGCUGAGAGGGAAAGGAAUCCCAGUGCUUUUAUCUCGCUGCUCAGAACCGUCCGCCUCAAUCGUCCUCAGUCAGCGUCAUCACUUAGAUGAUCAGCUGCCCUCUGGCCACCAAGAGUUUAAGUUCUUGUGGCAGCGUCAGUGUUUAGAUCACUCUAUUGCUAAUGCUAACAAACCUCGGCUGUUACUUAACUGCGGCCUGAGUGCCAGCGACUCUGCUUUACACACGCUGGACUCCAGGUGGCAGCAGUUAGCAUGGCCUCCAAUGCUUUUGUCAACCAAUCGCUGCAUAUCUCAGAACAGGUUGGCUGCUGAAUCUCCAGACCUUCAUUCCUCUAGACUUGCGCUAACACCAGAAAGCUGCAGCAGCCCCAAACCAGAUCUAACUGGAUCCUUCACCUCCCUUGAGGAACCUAAGAAAGAACAGGAACGGACCCCCCGUUCUCCAGUUUUCAGAAGGCGUGUGCCGUUAAAAGAAACAAAGCGUAGCAGGUCAUUGGGGUUUUCAGGGAGCAGCACUACAACUCUAUCUGUUUGGCAGACAGAAGAGUGUAGAGACGAAGCUCAGUCAGACCAGGGCGAUAAAAAGCCCUUCAGAUAUCAUGGACCUUCUACAGAAGACAGUGCUGGAAAAGAAAGAGAAAGCAACGUUCCAUUCAUUAUGCUACAGACUGAGCUUACACCUGAGGCUCGCCGUGUGCUGGUGGCUAAAGCUCUUGCUAUGGACAUAGAUGCAGAAGGUCUCAGCGACGUCAUCUUAGCAUGGCAGACGGAGCUGAACUCCAGAGAAGGUGCCUGGGAGAGACUGUGUUUGGAGAGGGAUCCACUGGUACUCUCUGCUCUCAUGUGGUCAUGGCUGGAGCAGCUGAAGGAGCCCAUUCUCACUGAGGCAGACAUUGAGAUGCUGACCGGAAAUAGCCACAGUCCCCAGAACGCUCUCAACACAAUGGACAAAGGCCACAGACAAACACUGUUGUGUAUCCUGGACUGUGCUGCGCACUUAAUGAAACUGCCAGAGGAAGUUGAAACUGCUGUCCUUAAUCAUACAAUCAAAGCAUUUACUGGGGUUACCACUGAUUCAGAAAAUGGACAAAUGAUCUAUAAAGCUCUACAGGAACUUUUAAUCCUGGUUCUGGAUGACUUAAGAAGGAAAGCAGUGGAAGCCAUGGAGUCUCCAUGAAUCUGCACCCCUGUAGUGCCCACUGGGUACAUACUGCACUAACUGCUGAGUAAUUUAACGUUGAAGGAAGGUUUUCUGUAACAUGCUGACGUAGGUCAGUAAGUUUAAUGCUUUGGUUGUCGAGAGCUGCUGUUGUUCUUUUAAUGAAUGUAUGUUAACAUGUCUCAUAAUGCACUCAUCAGGUUGUUUUGGUUACAGUCUGCUUUCUGUUUGUUUGUUUAUUUGUUUUUCUAACACUGCCAUGUAUCCAUGUGCCACACGUCCUGCAUGUUUUUUCAUUUUACAACAUUUUUGGUAUCCUUUAUAUUUAUUAACUAACUGAUAACUAUUUAUUAAGACAUGUUUGUUUAUGUUUGAGUAACGUUUUGCUCAAGUGCGUAGAGAAUUGUGUAGUUUGCGUAUGUGUUAUUUCAAAAGUACCUCCUUUUUUGACCAAAUAAUUUCACUGUGCAACAUAUUGGAAUAUGAAAUAUUUUUAUGCUAUUUAGACUAAAGCAGACAAAAACAAAAAAAUCAGAAAACAAAGACCAAUGCAAGGUUUGCUCUGUUAGACACAGUUUGAUAAGUUGAUUAGACAACAAAUGUAAGCUAUUUUUUCAUAAUGCAAAGUCCUCUAGAUGUAUUCCAACAUUGCCUUGCUGAUGAUACUGAUACUUAAUAUAGUAUCUUUAUUUGAGAAUGUAAAUGUUGGGGCUGGGGACCGCCCUGCUUGUGUAAAAGCUCUUGCUGAAUGCCCUCUGCCUCAUUUUCGUGGCAUUAUUUCAGUGAAGCUGCUCUUUUGUAAAAGGACCACAUGACUGAAAGCACUGUAGCUGAUAAGUUUCAACUCCAACCUCAUUUUCUUACUGAAAUUUCAUUCCUAUGUAUGAAAGGUUUGUGAGAGAAAAUCUACGCACAUGAACAUGAAGCCCAACUAGAACUGUGGAAAAUAUCUUUAAUUGAUCAGAUGGCUAAGACUACUGUGGAUUUGAAAGCACUUUGUAUCCCUAAUUCCCAUGCAGAUGAAAUAAAUGUUUCUAAAAUGUA